AUGGAGGCCACGACGAACGCGGCUGGGCGUCCUCCACGCCCGCGCGCCCACAAACCAAGCUCUCAUGGAGCUUGGUCCAGUACCUACUCGCCGUACGCGGGUCCCGUGCGCGCGAGUCCGCGCACUGCCAAACUCGCCCAUCAAGACCAACAAGACCACGUCCAACCACCUCCUGCUACGAGUCGACCGAAACGACCCCUUUCGGCGUCGCAAGUGGCCUCCACCCGGGUCGCUAUGACGUCCCCGCGACCGAACUCAGCACGACCGGCUCGACCGAAUAGCGCUACGAAGACGCGGUACAUGCAGCUCGAGACGAUCGCGUUCCCGAUGCAAAGUCCAACGGCUGAAGAGUUUUCGGAAACGUGUGAAGCUUGCUUAUCGCCGUCUCCUUCUAGUCCAGAGGCCGGAGUAUUGCAGGAAACCGACUCGGCCGCGCUGCAUAUGAAGCUUCAGGCGCUUCUGGAGAUGUGGGGCGAGGAACAACUCGGAUUCCGAUCAUGUGUAUUGUUUUGUGAGACCACAUUUCGACAAGCCAAAGCUUUGGCGAGCAGGAUGUCUCGCCCCAACGCGUUCAUGUCAGCGGUGGCAUACUCCUGCCUUUGUCAAAUGGGGUCCGUUCUUGACGAGAAGUACCCAUUUCUCAACAAUAUUAUCGACGAGCUCGGUGCUGCGUUGUAUUCCAACUUCACGGACCUAAAACGUCAUAUCGGACAAGAGGAUCAAACGCAACACCAGUCCGCUAUCUUCUUCGAGCACGGCAAGCCUUGGUUCCAGGCUUUUCUAAUGCAGAAGAUGCGGUGCAGGAGCAUUCAGAGCUCAGCGGAUGCGUCCAAGAAUGAGGUUCAGCUGCUUACAGAAAUGCUGCAAGAGGCUCGAGCUGCCAAUUCGAGCGCUGUGGUGACUGCCGCGGCAGCGUUUCAAGUGCCUCAGCGACGCGGUAAACUGGAGGAAUAUUACACCCCGCCAGCUCUGGAGCUGGGCGAUUUGGGCCUGGAAUCGCUGAGUAGCAAAGUGCUGAAAGCUUUUACCGCUUUGUCGGACGCCGAUGCUCGACAUUUGCUGGCGCUGUUACUGGAGAAUGCAGUGGAACGGGACAUGCCCAAGCUGCCGAACAUGAUGGCGACCACUGUCGGACACAUGAAGGGACAGGAUCGACGCGAGUUUCUGCGAGAAUGUUUUGACUACGUGACGCCAAGUGAACUCCAGGACGCACUACACGAAAGGGAUGAAAUCAACGACGAUAAACGAUAUCAAGCGUUAGUGGGGGAUCUACACGAGUUACUGCAGCUACAGCCACAUGAAGAUGGCUCGGAGAUGAAGAAUAGCCCGUCUAAUAGCGUGGCAUUAUUCCACUCGGAGGAAGCUCGGAUCGGCAAAAGAGUCCACGAAUUGGUUGAACUGGUGGAGGACGUCGCUACGGAGGUCGCGUUCUUUGAGCCGAAGCACCAAGCGCUGUUCCCUCAUUCAAUUCUACAGAGACUGCACGAGGAGAAGCCCCAGUGCGAGUGCGUCUGCGGACGACAUCGGCUCAUAGACAGCGAUGGAGAAGAUGCGAAAGAGGAGGAGGUUAUCCCCGCACAAUCAGAAGAGAAGGAGCCACAGGAAGAGGAGGACGCGAAGAAACAAAAGUCGCGUCGUAAGUCCACACUGAAGCGGCCGCUGUCUGCGCCUUCAGGCCGUCGGAAGAACGCGAUCAGCUUCAACACGCGCUACGGAUCUCCACGCAAGUCCAGCGCAUCCAUCCACGUCUUCCCACUAGCAGAAGUGUGCCACCUCUUGUCUUCCAUCCUGCACCUUCAGUUCUCGCGAGAGGCAGCCGAAGCUCCCUCGAAUGCUGGGAGCGGAGCUGUCUCGACUCUCACUUUCGACGAUCACUGGGCAUUUCUGCGGUACGAUUCAGCCUCGCGGACCUUCAAGACUCUCGCGAAGGACUACUUGAUACGCAAGUACGGCAUCAAAUCCAUCGCCGUCAUGCACACGCUGCAGCUCGAGCGGUCGCUGUUGCACUAUACUGCCAAGGACAACCACGUGCGCUGCGAGCUCUUCAGCUGGUUCUUCGGUGCCGACAAAACCCGCCAUCAAUCCAAAGACCACGCGUUCGCCUUCUUCCAGAGACUGGUUAAGAGCAUCCUUAACCUGUACGCGAUCAAGAAGACGGUGCGAUCCAACUCGAUCACAAUAACGGCCUCAACUCAACAGCUUCAGCCUCUCGCGUACUCCGCGUUGAUCACCAUGUGGACCGAGUGCAUUGGCGACGGCGAGCCGACGAACCCUCGGACGAUACCGGCGAGUCUCGCUCUGGAGACCUGUAAGCAGACUUUCCCGCCCGCAAUGCAGCGGAAUAGCCACUUCACCUUGUUCAGGGAGAAGCUGCAUCGGCGAAGUGUAGAGCAGAAGACGAUGGACCUCGAGGAAUUCUUCCAGGGAGCGAUGACGGCGUGGCAGUUGGUGUUCGAUGCGCAGACGGAGGAGGCCACGAAGACGCUUGAAGGAGCAGGGACGCUGGAUCUGGAGGGCUUUGCAAAGUGUCUUAUCACGAACGGCCUGGAGUUCACGACAGGCGAGAGGUACGAGCUGUUCGACCUGCUGACCCAGGACGGCGACGAGAGCGUCAUCUCGAGCAAGAAAAUGGUGCAGUUCCUCAUGGAAGCCAAGUAUCUGCGGCCGGCAGCGCAGCCGUCGACACUCACGCUACUUGCAGGCUAA